ACAGUCACAGGACGUGCGAGGAAACAUAGAGCAUUGAUCGACAUUGCGAAUAACAUAAUUGGUGUCGAAUAAUAGACUGCUGCAUUAUAUCGAAAUCACGCGACACUAUUCCACCUGGUGCAACAUCCUGCAGUUGAACUAAAUAAUCUAACGAGCACACGCACAAUAAGCGAUGCUCUCGCGGAUCAUUAUAUUUGCUUUUCUCGUCAAAUUCUCUACCGCUCAAAUAAAUGGCGAAUUCUGGUGGUUGAACGACAAACUAGCCAGCAUCCAAGGAGUUCGACCGCCGCCUCCAAAAUUCGAAAAUUUAACGGAAUUCGAUACAGAUGAAAGUGCUAAAAUCGUGUUCAGAGACGACAAUCUCAUUGAUGGUGUUGUGGAAUCUUCAGAAAGUAUAAGUUUGAGUAAAACUGACGUUGAGAAAGUGAGUGACAAAGUUGGAAACAAUUUGAUUAAAUGGCCUGAAAAAGACCAAUCAGUAGAAAAGCAAACCGCUUCACCUGAGGCAGAAGAUAAGUUCGUGUUUAAAUUUCCUGAGAACGAUAAUUUUGUUUGGAAGGAUUUAAUUAACACUACUAUUGCUACUACCACUGUUGCUGCUCCUCUCUCUACUGAAAAUGCCAUUACCAACAAUACUGUACUAUACAAUGAUAGAGUAUCAUUUAAUAUGAACUAUAAAGAAAAACAGUCUGAAAAUAUUUGCACUUAUAUGAAAAAAUCUGAAUGCAAUCGAAGCAACGGAGUCGUGUUGGAUAUCAAAUCCACAAACAAAAUUACAAGUGAUCUUCAUAAGAUAUGCUGCGUUCUGCCUCUAAAUAACAUAGACGAAACGAAUUCAAAAAUAAUUUUCCCUGAUACCGUGAUGAAAAUUAAACGUCCCAAAAGAUCUAACAGGGAAAAUGCUGGUAAAAAGCAAAGAGAGAUUUUAUUACAGCACAAAUAUGCCCAUCCAAGUCAUCAGAGCCACAAAUCAAAGCCAGCUUCACAGACAAAGACUACUUCACCAGAUUCCGAUUAUGACGAUCCAUAUUGGAAUGUUAAAAAUGUUAAACCACCGAAUAAACAGAAACAAAUACCGGACACGCGAUAUGACUACAUUACGGAUGAUUACAAUGACGACUAUGCAGCGGAAUUGCCGAAACCCGGUCUUUCAGGGCUGUACUCUGAUCAUGGACAACCUCCUCCGGAGUGGGCGUUUAUCAACAAACACAAAGCUACGGGCUAUGGUGGUGGUGAUGACUAUGAAAAUGAUGACGGCGGUUCAUUCGGGUACUCUACUAUCGAUCCGAGAAUAGGUAACAAAAAAUCGAAACCAAGAGUGAAACCUAUCAAACUAGCAACAGCAUCAGGAGAGCAGUCCAAUUAUAAUGUGGAGAGCCAAACAAUCAGCUAUCAGUCUAACCCGAACUUCAAUGUAUUGCAAGACUUCAAACUACUCAAUCUAAUGAGGAACAAAAGUCAUAAGCCGUCUUCGAUAGCAAGAACAACUACAACGGAGAGUUUCACUGAUGAAAGUGCUGAAACAACACAAGACGGGUCUUUUGCAGCAAGCACUGAAGUAAAUGAUGAUUCUGAUAAUCAAAUAUUUCCUGAUUGUGGGAAAAUCUCUAAGACAUUUAACUUUAAAAUUAAAGGUAAACAGAUCGGGGACGCUGUAAAUGGGUCACAUCCUUGGCUAGGGCUGAUCGUGUCCACUCGCAAGCAGACGGUAGUGCAGUGCUACGCGACCCUCAUACAUCCACGGGCCGCUGUUACUGCUGCCGAAUGCGUAUACAGGAGUGCCCCCGGGGACUUCAUACUAAUCGCUGGACUAUGGAAUCUCAAUGCGAGGGUGGCGUCAAGAAGCCGAGUCAUUUCCUACCACAUACAUCCCCAGUACAAACAUGAUGAAAUCAAAAAUAACUUGGCUAUAUUGCACUGGAAGCGAUCCUUCAAACUUGGUCCAAACAUCCACCCGGUGUGUCUCGAUGCUCCACGCUUGGGUGAUGAUUGCAUUUUCGUUGGAUGGGGCGGAUUUGAUCAAGCGAUGCGUCCGAAGUCUCGUUGGCAGCGCGCCUCGCUGCACUCGUGCAACGGACGGCUGUCCCUCAAGGGUAUCAACAUACCAAACAACGCUUUGUGUGCUUCCGUACAGGCGCGCGGUACUGUGACCGGAGUGGGUGGUUCCCUGAUAUGCAACAAGCACGGUCGCCAGGCGGCGGUAGCGGUGGCAGUGUCCCGCGACAGUACGCUGGUACUAUUACCUGUACGGGACUGGGUGCAGCGAGCCAUCGCUGUACUCGACGACUAGAUAUAAGAGAUCACGGUUACAUCACAUUAGUCGGCGCGGGCGCGGAGCUCACGCGAUCACGAGCGGCUCGUCGUCCGAGAACCCGUGGAUGGGAG